GCGGUCCUCCCGAGCAAGCUCCCACGUAGUUGCCGGCCUGUCCAUCCCAAGUCCUUUCCGGCAAGAUCGGCUGACUUGCCCCAGCCACGAGUUACGAGGGCGUCCCCUUGGUCUCCCCCUCUCAGAACUGCACAAAAUGGGAGUCACGUCCUGCCAAAACUCAAGAAUUCUUUCCGCAGUUUUUCUCCUCGCCAUUUUAGACUCCGUUAGUUCAGCGUUGCCAGAUGACCAAUGUGACGUCCGCGUGGCAGCCGCGAGACCGCAGGACACUCGCACUCUGACGGGGAGGCAGAGUGGCCGAGAGAUACACAGCGCCUUGCCCGCCACCCCGCCCCGGCCUCCCGAGACGCACGCAAAGAUACCCCAACAAUAUGAGACACAAAAUGAAGCCUCGAUUCGCUAUUUGACUCUCAAGUUGUUAAGACACAGUGUCGUUGGCCGCGCCGAGGUCCCGACGACUUCAAGUGUUCAACAACUUUCAGGUCAUUACCACACUGAUUACGCACGAGAUGAACAUAAUCUCGUCUCUAAGGCCGUCAGUGGGGCACCAGCGACAAAGCCCUUCCGGACCAAACGAAAUGCAACAGGAAUGCCUCGUGUAACAACCAGCACAAGCACGCCUCCUCCAGACGACCCUUCGUUACAGAGUACAGUCGACAAUAUGUUCCUUUGUGAUCACCCUCCAGAAACUUUCUCUCCCAGCUUCCUUGGUUUUCCUUGGGAAACUUGCCUACAAUAUGAUCGCAAGUUUACACAAUCUACAGACACUAUGGAAAUCUGCCGCAGGAUUUACACUUUAACAGAAAGCAACCCACAGAGCUUUGAUAUUGGAGUGUACCGCUCUGACGUGGGGCCCCUGACAGUGAUCACUCACAAAAAUUUUGUAAGGGGUUGCCUUCCUCUUUUCCGGAGAUUCUACGACUGUGAGGAGAGAGAUUUCCUGACCAUCUGCUGGAAGGAAAAAGUAGUGUUUUUGCAUUCUCAUGAUUGUCAUCCUUCAUCAAAUGAUAUUUUUCUAGCUGGUUUUCUACUGGAGAAUGACACUUAUUGUUUCCAAGAAUUCUGUGAGGGUUGGCAGGGUGUGGUGGACAGCGAAGUGGAUGGGUUGGAAUACCGCCUCCUUAACACUAUACAUAACCCUGAGGUCCCCUCGUGUGGCUAUAUGACCAAGAGUCUUAAGCACUUGUAUCGACAGUACAACGGAACACUGUACCUUCUUACCAACAACCACUGGCCUUGCUGCUACCCACUCUAUCUGGUGAUAUGGGCAGGCUUGCCGGAGGCUCAUGGGCUCAACGGUGCCUGGAGUUACCUGCCCCUAGCAUGCCAGGCAGGGGAGGUGCUGCUGCUGGUGCUGGUGGGCUGCGUGAUGGUAGGGGGUGUUGGGGGCAACCUGCUGGUGAUGGUGGUGAUGGUGAGUGGGGGUCACCGCAGACAGGAAUCCAGCUUGCUCCGUACCUCCUUAUCCUUUGCCGACCUGCUCACCGCAACCUUUAUCAUUGUUCCAGCAUUUAUACGACACUUGACUCCCUUCCUCUCCCUGCCACAGUACUUCACAGUGACGGCAGAGAUGCAUCUCACUACAAGCCCCGUAAAUGUGUCAGAUUCCAUUUACAUUACAAAUGCUUUACAUGGGUGGCGUGGCUUUCCACUUUUUCAGUCCAUACUGUUUAACACCACCUCCACAGUGUCUCUGCUGAUGCUGCUGGUGCUCAGCCUAGAGCGGUUUGUCAUCACAGGUCGGUACCUACGGUACAGGGAUUAUUUUAAUUAUCAUCGGACGGUGUUGGCCAUCACAGUUGCUUGGAUAACCAGCUUCGCCAAUGCUUUCUGGUUUGCAGCUUCUGAAGGAGGCAUUCUUGGCUUCCAGUGGCUCACCUUUGAAAAGCUUCCUACAGGGGCAUCGGGGUUUGGUGCAGGUGGGGCUCGUUACGUUAUCUACCACGGGCAGUUUGCAGUCUACCUCACGCUGGGAAUUUCUGUUGUCAUAUUCUCAGCACUGGCCAUACUGAACUAUGUGAGGGAACAGCUUCACGUGGCGGCCGAGUGGAGAAGCCUCAAGAUGAAGGCCUCAAGGAAGUACAGUCGAGACAACAGACAUGUGCUGACUACCAUGACCCUGAUGCUCACCCUCUUUCUCACUUCCACCAUCCCCUUGACCAUCAACAUAACAAUGAACUCAAUCUUUUACAAGUUCCAUCAGCAGCCACUGUUUUCUCACCUCUCAUGGUGGCUCUUCAUGGCAGGCUCUGCAUGGAACCCAUGGGUAUACAAUUUUCGAAGUAGUCAGUUCAGAGAGGAGAUAAAAAAGUUCCAGCAUCAGUCUCGGCGAGCCUGCUGGCGCCAGCAGCCCUGUGAUGGUCCUCUGUCAUCACCUUCUGAAAGCUUUCUUUCUGAAAGUUUGCAACCGGCAAAGAGGCGUAGGUGAACCCGAUUCAAAGGUGUCCCUCUGGUGGUCUUUUCAGAAAGUACUGUUGUGCAAAGGUGAUGGAGAUUUGUUAGGAAUAAAAAGAAGAUAUAAAUGAAAUUCAAUGAAUGAAAAAUAAUUACCGUAUAUAAAGUGCAACAACAUGAAAGGAGUAAAAAAAAUAAUUUCAGAGCUAUGCAAGGAAGAAAAUGGCCUACCAACACUCAUGUUACUAUAAAAGCAACACAAUGAAAAAUCAAUGGAAAAAUAUCAGAUAUAAAACACCACAAUCAUCAUACUGUUAAGUCUGUAUUAAUGGGGAAUAGUUACCCAUAGAAAAAACAGGCACAUAUACAUAGUUAUAACUAUUUAACACCCAUAGAUGAAGCUAGUCAAGAUCUUAUGUACAUAUCACACAACCUGACCCAUUCAGCAGAGUGGGUUUGUGCCACAACUGACAGCCACUGGCAGAACAGUCUCUGUGCCAUGCCUCCAUGGCCUUCAGGUGGUGCCCAGGGGCACUGUUAACGUAGGUGAAGAGGCUACUCCUAUGGCUCCCUACCAGAAACAAAACAAAAUCAUAAACCAACACCUCCAUGUGUCUGAGAGCAGGGGGAACUGACGAUGACAAAACUAAACACUCCUGAAAUGGGAAGAGCAACUUGACUAUUUUGUACCAGUAUUCAUACACAUUAUUUAUAUUACUUAGAACAAAACAU